AAAUCUAACUUAUUUCAGUCCAAGCGUUGCUGUUCAAAGUGAGCAAUAUGUUGCAUUAUAUUCACCUAAAUUAUCAAAAGCUUGGCGCAAAAUUGGUGCUAAACACUGGUUUAAUACUGUCUGCUUAUUACGCCACGAAAAGCACCAGGUAAUACAUAAUACGGUAUGUUUGAAUACGAGUCGUAUUACUCGAACCCUGUAUGGUGUUAUGGCGCCGUGGACGUACAAGAUGAGGAUGGAACAUUCCGCCAUGGUUUCAUCGUUGAUAUGGACCUCUUCGAAGGCUUUAUCGUUGAUUUCGGAUAUCCCAACCAUCAUGCUGAGCUUGUCCGUUUCCAUCGAUGCCUUGGGCAAAUUUAUGAGUUUUCCUUCGCCCUUGGCGAUACUGUGCAGAUUUUGUGGCGGGAGUCUGACAGCGAGGCAUGUCGGUGGUAUCCGGCCAAAGUAAUCGCGGGAUCGUGUUACACGUUUGCUUAUGUUGAGACCGAACGGCACGGAAAACUAGUGAGGGAAGUGGUGAGAAAGAAUUGCAUCAUGCCUUUAGGAGAACGACAGCCCGUGGAGCGGCGGAAUUAUGAGCGGCACAGUUUAUCGCUGGGUUGGAUAGCUUCGGAUCUUCUGAAAUCCCGGAAUCAAGACGAUUUUCAAUGGUGGAAUCGUGAGUGGGGGCGCAGACGCGACAGCAUACUCGUCAAAGCUGAAAGAAGGAAACUAAUUUAUAUUGCUCAAUGUCCACACGUUCGGAGACCGACUGAAAUAUUCCGGAUAAUGGCAAAAAAGAUACCGCUUUCAAAGUUGCCGGAUUGGAGAAGAGCUGGAAAAAACGAACGGGAAAUGCGCUUUCUUUCCAAAUCCUGCCUGGCUUUCAAAUUAUUCAAAAUACGACACCGCUACCAAACGUCUAUAAACUCGUGGCUACCCGUUGAAAUCUUUCGUCGAAUAUUUUCCUUUUUGGAAUUCCGGGACCAGUUUUUUUGUCGGAAAGUGUGUAAAUCUUGGCACAGCAUUCUAACAACGUGUUCGCGAUUGGAAUUCGACCUGCGAACAUAUGACAACGACGAGCUGGCUCUAGUUUUCGAUAAGAAUAUCACUCAGUUCACUAGAAAAAUUAUAUUAUCGAGUGCUGCAGUACCCGAUAGUUGCAAGCCAUAUAGCUGCCAUCCUUCGCGGAUCCUCAAUCCCAUCGGUAUUCUGGUUGAUUUACUACAAGCUAAAAGCGUUAAAAUGCAGACCAUAACUAUUUCGAAUUGGCUUGUUUGGGCACCGGACGUCCUAAGCUGGUCUCGCUCGUUAACUCUGCAGUUUCGUUCGGACUGGACAGACAUAUGUGACAAACUUAUCCUGGACAAUGUAUACAUGAACGGGAUCAUGUAUGUGGAUGCCGAAUCGUGCAGGUGUAAGUGGAAUGCCUUCGUUAGAGGUUAUGAUCACAGGGUUCGAUAUCUGGAUUUCCCUAUCUUGGCUGACUCUAACCCAUAUCGCCUAACGCACCAUCCACACAUUGGACGCUUACAAAAGUACGUCAUCGUCACGAAUCAAACCGAACAAAUGCAGAGUGCAAGGAAAAUACUGGAAGAUAAUUGCCUUCCGAUGAGCGAGGAAGUUCUCAGCCUGCUAAAAAGCCGAAUAGACAAGCAAUCUGUACCGAAGACAGUGUUGCUACAGUUGUUAAAACAAUGGCAAGCAGGAGACCCACGUUUUACCGACAGCAUGGAUGAUCCGUUGGCUUAUGUGCCGCUCCAUACCUUGCGAAAGUUAACUCUGUUCACACUGCGAUGGUACCUGGACAGUGAAAGUUCUGAAAGAACUAUUUUUCAUCAGCAGUGAGGAAGGGCAAGA